AUGGAUCAGUCGAUUAAGAAGAAGAAGAAGGGUUCUUACGUAAAGCUUGAAUCUUCUCUCAAAUCCUUCAAGAAGCGGAAGCCCAAGAAGAACCAAACGGCUGUCACAGCAGCGACUCCGCCGAAGAAAGAUGCUGAUCCAUCGAACGCGUCUAACCGCAGCUACAGGCGACGGAGGAAGAGAGUAAGUUCUCAAUGUUAUUAUCAGAAUGAAGUUGAUUUAAUUGAAAAUUAACUAAUGUCUUCUUAUUAAAAUAAAUGUUGUUGAAAUGGCUAAAAGUAUAAAAGAUAAUUAUUCUAGAUCGAAGUCACUACAGAAUUCACUCAAGAUGCCUUGACUGCAUUUAAGAAGUUUGUUGCUGAUGUAAGUGAGGUUUUUUGGAAAUUAAUUUAUUUUAAAUUUUUUAUGAUUUAUAAUAUUGAUGUUACAGUACUCGGCUCAAGGUAUCAAUGGGCUCAGAAGACAGUACGCGGAUAUCAAGCUGACACAGCCUAAAGACACGCGACAACAGGCGUUUGAUGCCAAUUUUGAAAAGUGUCGGUACAGAGGUAAGAGAUGCUUUAAAUGAUCCAAUAUGUUUUAGAUAUACCAUGCUGGGACAAGAAUCGGAUUGUGUUGAAGUGGCCUACGGGUAUCACGGAGGACUUUAUACACGCGAAUCGAGUUAAAUGCCAGAACUUGGACAUUGAUGUCAUCUGUACCCAAGCACCGCGAGAUAACACGAUUGGCGACUUCUGGAGAAUGGUUUGGCAGGAAAAGGUAGGACAAUACUUUUUGGAAGACGGAUACUAGCUUAGCCAAAGUUAUUGUUGUUUUACAUGAAGUUUCAACUUGAACAUAACUUAAUUUCAUACUACCGAGAUUUUUAUGUUGUGCCAAGAGAACGAGGGAGGAAAGCCUAAGUGUAGCCACUAUUACCCUACAGCUAUCGGUCAAGAAAUGGUUCAUUUUGGUCUUACCAUAAUUUGUAAGAAGAUCGAGACUGACCCAGACUUUGUGAUAACAGAGCUGAGUAUUUCUGGUAAGGCUUUUCUAUAAAACUGGUAUAAUAUGCAUGUAACAUCAGGAGAGCUCGAGAAAUGUACUGAAAUCUUACUCACGAUAUACUUGAUUAAAACCUAUGAUUUUAUACAAUUUUCAGACUACGAAGGCAACAAGAUGACAGUAAUGCAUCGUCAGUGGACGACUUGGCCAGACCGAGAAGUCCCCAAGAGUCCAAUGAACCCGUUCAAGCUACUACAACAUAUCAGGAAGCCCACCUUCUCUCCUAUCAUUCAUUGUAGCGCGGGCGUGGGUAGGACUGGCACUUUGAUUGCUAUCGAGAUCAUCUACCGUACCUUAAACAAGGGCAAUGUUCCUGAUGUGAAGGCGAUCGUACUCGACGUUAGAAAUCAGAGGAGUCACGCUGUUCAGACGGAAACUCAGUAUCUUUACUUGGUCUACUCAAUAUUUCAGUUUUGUGCUUCUAAACACAUCGUGCCGAGCGAAACGAUCGCUGGUAAGUACCAUACUCUCAUUUGCGUAUUCACUUUAGUAAGUUACCGCAUAAAAUGUGAUUCUCACACUGUUUUUUCAGAGUACUGUUCCGAAUACCAUAAAUUCGUAAAAUUGGUCGCCCAGAUGGAAGCUCAGCAACCAGGCGUAGCUGUAGUGUUACCAAUCCCGGCUUUCGCUCCCACGCCCGUCCCGUCUACCCCAGCUCAAGGAACUCCAUCCCCAGUCCAACCACCACCAGCUCAGAAUGCUCUUACUCCUGUUCAAGGCACACCAGUCAGUCCAUCACCAGCCGCGCCUUCUCCAAUUGGCACCCCUCCUCCGCCCUCUCCCAACGCGGCAUGCCCGACUACCCAGCCCGAGUCAGAAGCUCCAAACCAGGGAAACAACGAAUUUUCCAGAGAUAAUUAA